UGAACGUAUGAUUAAUUAAUGCAAAAAUCAGAUAUAUAGAGUGCGGUUAGGUAGUCUCUGUAGUCACAGUGUACCAGCUCUGGCAAGCAUGGAGAACAACAACAGGAGCAGAAAUAAAUGUCGAACAUUCAAAGCAAAACUUGGUUUUAUAUCCCUUGAUUUCAACCCAGUUGUUACGAUUAUCUCGGGUUUCAUUAUCUGGGCUUUCGUGAUAUGGUGCGUACUUGAUACUGACGGAGCUUCAAAUGGCAUGAAGGAUGCUAAGCGUUGGAUUACAGAUAAAUUCACAUGGCUUUACAUUGGCACACAAGAUGUUUGGUUCAUUUUCCUUCUGGUCGUCUAUUUCUCGAAAUACAGUAAAAUGAAACUGGGAAAGGAGCAUGAUGAACCAGAGUUCAGCAACGCAACUUACUUCACCAUGUUGUUCUCGGCUGGAAUAGCUAUCGGACUCUUUUAUUUUUCUGUUGCUGAACCCGUUUAUCAUUACAUACCCGGAGCGAACAGAUAUUGGGGAAGGUAUGACUCAUGUUUUUUAUUUUCAUAUGUUCAUUGUACUUUUACUUUUAUCAAUGUAAAGAUCGAUUGAUAAUGCAAAAGCAAACAACUUCUUGUACUGCAUGUUAAUUUCAGGGUUUUUAAACUAGUGAAAGUAUACUGCCAAGUUGAUUAAUAUUUGUCUUUUAUGUUGUCUUUUGGACAUAUGUUGGCAGAAAUAUGGACAUUAAUAUUGGUCGGAAAAUUAACAAGCUGAUACAAAAUAUUCGUUUCCGCCCUAUUUUAAUCUAACCAGUCGAUUCUUUAAAUAAUCGGACUGGCUUACUUGCUAUACUCACCAUAGAAAUUUGUUUAGCGAACUUUAAUUUAUUAACUGUCAUGAAUUGUCGUUGGUCGUUGCCGCGUUGCAUUGCAUUGCUACUGAAGAUAGUCGGAGAAUAGUUUUUGUAUUGACAGCCCUCAUUUCCGUUUUUUUUCUUCACCGAAAUACUGUAGUUCAAAUAUUUUUAAUUAUCGUGGGAAGGAAAGGUCGCGCUACGUUGCAAAGAACAUGGCCCUGACACGGAUUGGUGCUUAAUGUUCAACUUAAUUUUCCGACUAUAAAAGUGCUAAUCUGCACUGUAUAUAUACAGAACAUGGAAACAAAUUAAAAUAUUUCAGUUGAUAACGCUUGAUUGAUUGCAGAGAAGCAGUUGAAUUCCCGGUUAAAUCAUUCCAGGUUGGCCCUUAUAUCUUGUACAUGUAUAUUGUCGUGAAGUUCUUUGGGUAUAGACCACGACUUAUCAAAUUAACCAACUGAGCUACACGGUUAGUAUAUAACCGUAUGUAACAUCGCCGCCAUGCAGAACUUUUUUUAUCAUAUAAGUUAAUAAGUACAUACUUAUUACUUACGCAUUGACCUUUUAAUUGUAAGAAAAUCUUACCUGAGCUAUGCUCUUCCUAGAGCUAGAAUUCCCCUGAAUGAUUUAUAGGUCCAGUGUUACUGCUGUACGUAUGGAUCAGGUAACGAGGUAUUUACUUAGCGUUUAUUUGCUUGUCAGGGCGGCGAGAUAAACGCCUGGUUUCGGUGACGUAGUACUGGAGCACUUUUCACACGCAAUUAAGGUGAAAUAAUUUCGCACUAAAGCGAACGACAUAAUUGGCAUACCGCGCAAAAAGAACUAGAAUGAUCGGCUAUACUGUAUACAGUAUCAGGCAGCGUUUACACUGUACCGUUUUCACUGUACCGUUUUCGUAGCGUUCUCGUAUUGUUCGAGAAAACUAGACUAUUGUCUUGCGUUCCCUUGAGGAUUAAGAACAAUACGAGAACGCUACGAAAACGGUACAGUGUAAACGCUGCCUUAUAAUAAAGUGGUGUUUUCCCCUCAUAUAUAAUCUGACCAUACAUUUGUAUACAUGUAUACCGUACGUGCAAAACCAUGAGUUUUCGGAACUUUAAUAGUAAACUUUAUUUAUGGCAAUGCAUGAUCAGCUAAUAACUAAUUCAGUAUAUAGCCAUAUGAUCAUGUUCUAGCAGCUGAAGUAAUUAUAUAAGCCAUCUAACCAUCUUGCUGCGCAACAAUUCAAUAGGGACCUUAAGCAAACAGGACGGCAACGCGACGACGACGGCUAUUCACACAAUGAUAUUCCUGAUCUCGUACAAAAGAAAUGAAUAAUUAAAAGCCCCACGGGAGUUAGAGACGUUGUGUUAGUGCUUUUUACAACGGCAAACCAGAGAUUUUCACGUCUCGUGUACAACGCAAACAUGUCAAGACGCGACAAGUAAAACUACAAAUUUGCUCAGCAGAAGCGUUUUUAACAAUAAAGCCUUCGUUUUCAUCUCUUCAAACUGAAUUCAAUUCAUAUGCAGUGGAUAAUACAUAACAACUCUUCUUCGCAAUAAUUUAUUUGAAGUUUGUUUUGGUUGUCGUCGUCGCGUUGCCGUCGUACAUGCUUAAGGUCCCUAUUGUAUGAUCAACAACGCCAUAAUUUGUUUCGUAGCACAAUGCAAUAAAAUACCACUUGAUGGGCGAUAUACAAAAGUUAAACCAGCUCUGGUCACUGCCGAUUUUGGUAAAAUAUCUCACAAUUCUUAAUUUAUAUUUUUGAAACUGGACAAUGUAAGGCAAUGUAAGUUAUGUAGGUCAGUCCUAACAGCCCGUAUAGUUGCAGAGACUGAGAGCGUUUUUGAUUUGGCAUGAUUGAUUCAUAUUGCAUAUUUUUCAUGCAUGUAUGCAUGCAUGCAUGAUCGAUCGACUAUUAAUUAACUUGAUUUUGCAACUGAUAAAAUUUUCUAAACUGAGAAGACUUAUUCCUUCAAAUUUAAAGAUGGGAACUAUGCCUUAUACUCGAUCAAACUCCCCUUACAUUUUCACACAAAUUUCACAUCUUGUGACUUUAGCAAGUCUGCCAACAAGCCGUCAACAAGUUGUGUUCGCACUGCUUGUUCCAAGUUGUCAACAAGUAUGUCGGAGCAACUAGCUUGUUAACAGUUGUAACAACCUUGUUGUUAUUUAUAUCAGACUUGUUGCAAGGUUGUUCCAACAAGUCCUAUACAGUCAUGAAAUAAUAAUUAUAUUGUUACAAACUUGUGUCGUUAUUAACCUUGUAACAGUCUUGUUAUAUCAUUACUGUAUCAGACUUGUUAGACUGACAAGUCUGAUAAAUAGUGAUAAUGCCCGGCAUUAAGCUUGUUUAGUGCGAACACAACUUGUUGACAGCUUGUGCAUGAACAGAUUUGUAACAACCUGUUUGCGGACCUGUAACAACCUGUGCGUUUUUAGGUGUGUAUAUGAAAAAUGCUCAACUGGAAAGCAGCCUUAAUUAAAAGUAAAAAAGAUUUGCCAAGAAAAUAGCCAAAAAAGUAGCUGACUUUCGUAGCUAAUACAUGAAAACAAGACAUAUGAACGAGGUUUUUUGAUACCACUUUAUGAUACCAGCAUAAAAUUUAUCUGACGUUUCAUAGUGCGGUUGCUUAUGCUCUCAAGUCAGAUCAAAGAACCAUAUCGCUUCUCACAACUCUUGCCAAGAGUUAUGGAAACAAUUUUGGUUAUUUAUAUGUCUUAUGAAGUAAAGCUUGCGGCAUCCCGAAUGUAUUAUUUUAAUUUGAAAAGACGACGAUCGAGAGGCUGCGAAAAUUCAUCUCAAUGGAUCAGUUUUAAGCUCUGAUCAAACGAGAAUGAGCGUUGAUGAGAGUUGACAACUUGACAGCCACGCAUAAAUAGUUACGGAGAACAUUUCAAGCUUUAGAUUAAUAAAAUAAAGGUUUGGUGAGUUUUGGUGAGUGCUUUCAAAUUAAGGAUUGCCGACAGAAUCCGGCCUAGUGACCGUCUUCCGAUCAACAAUCAGAAAUGUUAUUUAAUCACUAAGAGGAAUACAUAUUAUCAUAAUAAAGCUCUUUAGACGCUUAAUAUUGGUGCGUGGGCAGGGCAGGACAAUAUUUAUUUAUUAAGGACUGAGUCAUUAAAAACUUGUGUUACUAGGUUAACUAUUAAUUAUAACUCCAUUUCCGUUGAUAUGACUCUAUAGGUGGUUUUUCACCUGAGUCAUCGUCGUCAUCUUGGAUGACUAACUGAAGGAUUUCUUUUCAAUUCUAUACUGGCCUUGGAAUGCAUUAUUUUGUAUGUUUUGAAGUAAUUCAUUAACAAUAUAGUAUUAUGAUUUGAAGUGAUUGUUUGACGUCAUGAAUCGAACGUAUCAAUAGAGGGCCCAUAGAGAUUAUUAUUGAAAGUGGAUAAUAUCCUCGUGUUUCGCACACGAAUAUAUUUCUCUUUGAUUUUGACCCCAAUCACAACACCUGUCCUAGCGGCCAAAAACCCGCAUUUUCGCCUUUCUCGAGCAUGCAUCGUCUUCCUAAUUCCACUGCCCUUGUGGUCGUGUCUCAACUCCAACCCCUUAAAACCGCCAGCUGCGCAGGCUAACCUGUCCCUCGAUCACUCCCUCUUAAAAUUUGUCGAAACUGAUGAAGAUAUAACCUGAAAUUUCCCCACAAAGUCAAAGACACGCAUAAACUCUAGCUUCAUUAAACCAUCAAAAUAAAAGCCAGCGCAUUCAUUCAACCGGCCCGCAAUAAGGCAUAAUAAAUUAUAUUUGUAACUGUUAAUUAAAUACAACUAAAAACGAAUAUCUCAUGUAUUUAAGCAUACGCAGGAUUUUUUCACCAGGGAGAUAGUAAUCCUAUAUGUUGAAAUAACCCAAAUGUUAAUGCAUUCUCAGUCAUAUAUAGCACGUCUAAGCCUUUUUGCCAUUCAACUGCGCAAAAGUGAACUCACAAUCUCGCUGCGAGUGCUUUCAUCCAAUCACAAUGCUCGCACUUUAUUUUAAUUAGAUGCAAGCAUUCGCAGCGAGUUUGUUUUUGCGUCCAAAAGAGAGUUUAUGGCCAAUCCCGAACUCCAUAAAGAAUCACCCAUUCAUAAGCAACAUUAUAAAAGUGGUGCGUUAAAUUUCUCUGGGGGAGAUGGAGCCGUUACCCCUGGUGCCGCCCUCCCGGCCCGUACGGCCCUGAGCUUGUUUCUUAAGGGUAACGCGAAGAUUAACAUAACUCCAUCCAUGUACUUUGAAACUCUGCGAUAAAAAUAACCCGAAUUUUAUAGCCGCACACGUUUUGACUUUGUAUUAACAACGCGACUUUAAUAUACGAGGCACUCCUUUAUUAUGUAGCAUAUUACUCAGAAAAGCAAAGUAGAGGCUUUACCUAGGUUUGGACCAAGCGGAAAUCCCAAACUAUUAAUCUAAUCAACUGAACCAUUCUCUUCGGAAAUUAUGGUUCACUAUAUAUACCUCUCAUGAUUAUGAUAAAACCUCGACUGGUCGGGGUGAGUGUACGUGAUGAUAACAAACAGAGGUUCAGGUUUGACUUCGCUACCCCUGUCAAUAAGGGACCAUGAAGAAGCGGUAGUGGAAGUCACAUCUGAGCCUCUCUAGUGGACCUAGUAUUACCUAAUGAACAAAAUUUGAUCUAGACAAGUCUAGACAAAAAUUUCAUCACAGCUUGAAAGAGCAUCACAAAAUUAGUAAUAUUUCGAUGCUUCGUUGCGAAAUGUUGUAAUUAUACAAUUACUUUAUGGUUUCCGUGUUUGGAUGGCCUGAUCCAAACACGCGGGAAUGUUGCGAGAGUUAAGAAAAGCGCGCGAAACACGAGCCGAAGGCGAGUAAUUUUGCGCGCUUUUCUUAACUCUAGCAAUAUUCCCAAGUGUUUGGAUCAGGCCAUCCAAACACGGAAACCAUAAAGUAAUUGUUUUAUAGAAUAACAUCAUCACGAUAGUCUUCCGUGUUUGGAUGGCCUGAUCCAAACACGGGUUUCGACCAAUCAGAGCACGCAUUAUAUACAUGUUAUUUUAUAAAUGCGGAUAAUAUAGCUCUGCGAAAUUUGCCGUUUUUCAGUCAUUUUGUAUUACGCACGGGAAAUUGAUACCGCUUUCUGAAAAAAGGUAUCAAUAGACUUGUCGAGAUCAAAAUUUUGUUCAUGAGGUAAUAGGUCCGGCGUUGCUGGAAAUACAAUACCUGAAACUACAAACACAACUCCACUGUUUCGUGAGAAAACACUUUCUCUUUUCUUUUGAUUUGUUUGCAUUCUUCACUGGUAGUAACGUUGUAUCUCCUACAUGCCUCUGCCCUCUCUCACGAUUAUAUUUAUUACGGUAUACUUUACAUUCAUCUUAAUUUAUAAUAUAAAUCAUAAAACCGAAAUUUCGCGGUAGUAUAUAUUGUGAUGUUUUCCACAAAAGUAAACCAAAUAUAUCGAUCGCCAGUUUAACUUUUUUGUCAUACAAUUUUUAUGCCCGGCCUUCCUUCUUCUAAGGACACUAAUACGUCUGGUACGUUCACGAUUUCUUUGAAGCAAUUAUGCAAUUUUGUGAAUAACCAGUUUUGUAUUUUUGUUAGACACACAGACAACCAACGUGCACAGGAUGCUAUCAAUGUCACAUUGUUCCACUGGGGAGUUCAUGCUUGGGUAGUGUACAGUCUGGUUGGUAUCCUCAUGGGUCUGGUGAGUUACAGACAAGGAUUACCCAUGACAAUACGUUCAUGUUUUCAUCCUCUCAUGGGAGACAGGAUCUAUGGAUGGAUUGGUGACGUCAUCGAUAUUCUCUCCGUAAUUGUCACCAUGUUUGGUGUAUGCACAAGCCUUGGUCUCGGAGUGAUCACAUUAAAUACUGGCAUCAAUAGAAUGAACAGUGAUAUAGCAGAGAACAGCACAAAUCAGAUUAUUAUUAUUUGGAUAAUCACUGUAAUUGCGACCAUUUCAGUCAUAUCAGGACUCAAAGUAGGCAUCCGUCGUCUUAGCGAGAUCUGCUUCUGCAUGGGAAUGGCACUGAUGAUGUUUGUUUUGUUCUAUGAUAAUACUUGGUAUCUACUCAAUCUCUACGUGCAAAGUAUUGGAUACUACUUUCAAUAUAUCAUUCAACUUGGUUUUCACACUGAUGCAUUCGCUCAGCUUGGAAACGCUCCUGACAAAAUGGAGAACCCAACUUGGAUGGAUGACUGGACGAUCUUCUAUUGGGGAUGGUGGAUUGCUUGGUCUGCAUUUGUUGGCAUGUUUAUAGCCAAAGUUUCCAAAGGUCGAACUAUUCGUAAUGUGAUCAACGCAACUAUGACAGCACCGAUCUUAUACAGCUUCUUGUGGCUUUGUAUCUUUGGCGGUGUUGGUAUCAAAAUGGAACGUGAAGCAGUGCUGAAAAACAUCACAUGCAACUCCACCCUUGGUGGUGGACUUUCCACAGAAUCAUACAACGGACUGUACCGUCUGUCUUGCCGAACGUCCAGCCAAAUGUUUUUCGACGUACUCCAGCAAUAUGGUGAGAAUCUAGAAGGCUUCUUAUUCGGUUUAUCUAUGGCAACGAUCGUCUUGUACUUCGUGACGAGCUCUGACAGUGGUUCCUUGGUUAUUGAUUGUCUAUCGGCCAACGGCAGCCCAGAACCGCCCAUUGUGCAACGUAUAUUUUGGGCGUUGACAGAAGGUGCGUAUAUUCGAAUCAUAUAGGGAGGAAAAUUUUUUCUACAAUAUUUAUAAU